GGGGCAAUGCUAGUCCUUCUAACGAGCAACAAGCAGACACAAUGGCUCAUCUUGGAAGUGGUCUUCCAUCAAUUGAGGAAGGUGACUCGAGGCCCAUCAUUAACUUCGGCAAUCCUCCUAAACCCGAUAAUUUAAUGGAAGUGCCUCUUUCUGACGAAAAUUGGAAAAAUGCAGAACAUGUUCAGCAAGUUAGUACAGGACCCACCGAACAUACACAAUCAGAGCCACAGGGUGGUUAUAAAGCCCACGAAGACCCGGAUGACUUUUAUGCCGAGCCUCAGUCGGACCAGCAUCCACCAGCCCAGGAUAAUCAUCCCCCGCGUCAGGAAAGUGUUGAUUGCUAUGAGCCUCCACAAGAACGUUUCGAACCUCCUCAGGAGCAAUUCGAACCUCCUCCUUCACAGGAGCGUUUUGAAUCGUCUCCUCCGAAGGAACGUUACGAGCCUCUCCCACCUCCUCAAGAACAGCAAUUCGAGCAGCCUCCGCUAGAGUGCUACGAGCCACCACAAGAGCGAUUCGAGCCUCCUCCACAAGAGUGCUUUGAGCCUCCACAUUUCGAGCCCCCUCCACAAGAGCCCUUUGAGCUUCCACAGGAGAACUACGAGCCCCCUCCACAAGAGCGUUAUGAGCCUCCACAGGAGCACUACGAGCCUCCACAAGAGCACUAUGAGCCUCCCACGAAGGAGUCUUUUGAGCCUCCCCAAGAGCAACAUCACCAUCACAGCCAACCUCCGGCGGAAGAGCCACAACAAUUUGCCGAGCCACAGCUGGAGGCUCAACCAGCCGAGCAACAAGACUUUGGCGGUGAAGUACCGUCGGAACAACCUCCGCCUCCCGAACCUCAGCAGCAACAAGAGCCGCAAAACGAGGCUGCCGACUCGUAAUCGAGGAUGAGAUUUGUGACUAAAUGAACUUUGUAUCAUAAAAGCGUUUUAGAAAUCGUUUGCAACGUGUGUA